AAACACACACUCGUAGAUGCGCUGAGAUUCUGAUGAGAGCUGCGAGAUUUUACCGACUGGCAACCACUGAUAACAACCAUUAGCAGCACCAGUCCUCAGAGCAGUUUUUAAGACCCAGCCUUCACCUUUGCAGAGCCUGGCAUCCUACUUCAGGACUUAGGGAGAACACUUGACAAAGGACAGCAAAGUGACCUCCAGCUUUUAGACUGCACCUGAUCCUUCAAAGAAAAGGGAACCUGACUCUGGAGCAGGAAAAGGAGCUAUCAUACCUCACUGCUGAAAUACGACCCAUUUGACUAAGAGGAAGAAGGGCUGAUAACUGUCUGUAAUACCUGGAAAAAAGAAGCAGCAUGCUUGCAAAAAUCCUUGAGGACAUGUGGGUGGAGCCUAAGGUGCUCGAGGCCCUCAGUGACGAGCAGAAGAGGAUCCUUUUCUUGAAGAUGAGAGAGGAACAGGUACGCAGAUGGAGAGAGAGGGAGGAAAGAGAAGAGAAGGGAGGAAGAGACAACAACACCGGGCCAAAGAAAGCUUACAAGAAACAUGUUAGCUGGCUGCUGGGUCGAGAUGGAGACGUGAGUGUCAGUGUGAUUGGUGAGGUGGAUGAGUUCAGGUCCUCAAAACUCCUCCAGAGCCUCAUGAACAACAGUGUCUGCAGUGAAGAUAUGAAUGGCAUCCAGACAGUGGACAUGCGGCCAGGAAGUGAGGCCCAACUGGGCUCAAAAGAAGACGUGCAGCUAGCACUCCCGGAAGAUGAUUCAGCCUCACUUAACAGUCUGUCAUCUGAAGAGGACAAUGACUCCUGCAGCACCUAUGGUGACCUGAAGGACCAAGAGAACAGUGGCAGUGAAUCAGAGAUUCCAUGCUGUGAAGGAAAAAAGACUGUGUAUGGAGGUCGUGUUGCACGGCUUAGGAAGGCAUUCACAGAUGAACCCUCUAUACCUGCCCAACCAGUACACCUACAGAAAAGAAACAUGCCUUUUCUCUACUAGGCCACUACUGCAACUACUACUACUCAAGGGUAUAUACCCUACUAAACUACACUGCCUGCUGACCCAAACUCUGUGCAGGAAACAUACUCAGUAGGAAUGAGGGAACAUUGGUUGGAGGAAAGGGGUCAUUACUUGAGCUUGAGUGAUGAAUUGAGACGCUCUUUUUGGGGCCAUGAUUUAAAAACCAACCUACGUGUGCUGGAGUGAGAAAAGACUUGAGAGCCGAUGAGCUGAAGUCAACAGACCCAUAUCAUCAUAUAGAGACAUGCAGAGCCUAUUCAGGAAAACUGUAAAAAAGAAUUGUUAAACGAGUGCCCUAUUAUAUAUUCUAUUAUGAGGCCUGCUGAGCUUAUCAGGAGCAUUGUAAAGUUUUUGUCUUGUUCAAGAGCAUUUCAGCAUUAUGUUAGGAGAAGACUAAACCACAAACUUUGACAUGUUUGGAUACAGAGCUUUAUGAUACAUGAACCAUAGUGGACUGAAGUGUUUUUAUUUGGGGAAAAUGCAAACCAGAAACACUGUGAGUCAUCAGCGUGCUGCUUUAAAAAACUAACUAUGACGACCAUUAUGACUAUUCUAUUCAUGUGCUGAUUAAGUAUUGAAUGGUACUGAAGGUUUGUACAGACAUUUAUGUUACCCCUAAGGGAAAUCCUGCUGACUUCAGUGAUUAUCUAUUUGUUCCUCAAAUGUUUUCUUUAUUUAAAUAAACGCUCCUUUUU